AUUUUUUUCAAAAAUUCAAACAAACCAAAUUUUUCUCAGUAAAAUCAAAAAAUACAAUUUUCCAUUAAAAAAAUGUUAAAUGCCGAAUAUGAAAUACAAAAUUUCGGUUUCUCUGUACAACAGAUGAAGCUUGAACGACGUCAUGUUAUCAAACAACAUCUCUACACACUUCUCAAACAUUUCAUAAAUUCCUUAAUAAAAAAGUCAAAUGUAUCCCAAGAAACAUCCGCCAAAUUAAUUGCACUCCAGAAAGAUUUAUCCGAAAAGAUGUUCGCCUCCUUCGAGAAGACCCUCGAGGCCAUAGAAAGGCUGGACGAACAAAAUUUCUCUAUUCCCGAUUAUGUCCUCCUCCAUCAAGACCUAAAUCACGCCAAAGGCUACACCAAAGACGAUGAAAAUAGACUGCAAAGUGAAGUCGAAAGCCUGAACAAAAAGUUCCUUGAGAACUCAGUGAUGAUAUCUGCGAUUGAAUCUGAAAACAGCAAAUAUCUCGAGAUCCAAAACGUUGUCCAGGAAGAGCUCAAAGUAUUCCAAACCGUCCAGGAGACCUUUUCAGCCAUAAACAUUCAAAAUAUGCGCCAAAUGGUAAACAAUGUAAAACAGACCCUUAACAAGCUAGAUGCAAAGAAAUAAAUUUAAAAAUAGAUUCAGUUUGAAAUUUUUGAAUUUAAAUUGGAAAAAUCAUAAAUGCGUUUGUGUGUGCUUCGUUGAGAAAAUGAGAA